AGGAAUAAGGGGCAAAUGCCCUCCUCCUCUCCCAUUCCACACUCUCGUCCUAAGGGAUUUCCGUCCGUCUGUGCGUCAGAGGAGACGGAGGAAUUGACGGAGGGGAGACGAAACCCUAACGAGGGUGGGGGAGCGGCGAGAGAGUGCGACAGGGCUGGGGGGAGACAAAGCGGCCGUAGCGCCACCAUUGUGUUCUCUCUUUCACUUGCGUGCCCUUUGCUUCGCAGGCAGCGGCUCCGGUGCACCAUCCCCUACCCCCCCCGGCCUUCUUCCCAGGGGCUCAUCACCUCUGCAGUAGCCAUGUCGUUCACCGCGCGCAGGAAGAUCCAGAAGGAGAAAGGGCAGGAGCCGGACGAGUUCGAGGAAUCCGUCGCCCAGGCCCUCUUCGAUCUGGAGUCUACCAACUCUGAGCUCAAAAGUGAGCUUCGCGACCUCUUCAUCAAUUCCGCGAAGGAGGUUGAUGUCUCCGGAAACCGCAAGGCCGUCAUCAUCCAUGUGCCUUACCGUCUGCGCAAGGCUUUCCAGAAGAUCCACGCUCGUCUUGUCCGAGAGUUGGAGAAGAAGUUCAGUGGGAAGGAUGUCGUGGUCAUUGCCACUAGGCGCAUCUUGAGGCCCCCCAAGAAGGGCUCAGCUGUGAACAGGCCAAGGAGUCGAACUUUGACCACCGUUCAUGAGGCCGUUCUUGAGGAUCUGGUCUACCCCUCAGAGAUUGUGGGCAAGAGGGUGCGCUAUCGUUUGGAUGGGUCUCGCAUCAUGCGUGUGUACUUGGACCCCAAGGAGCGCAAUACCACUGAGUACAAGUUAGAGACUUUUGCCGGAGUGUACAAGAAGUUGACAGGAAAGGAAGUCACAUUUGAGUAUCCUAUCCAGGAGGCGGCUGCUGCUUAAGUAUUUCAGAGCGUGUGAUGGCUGUAUUUGGAUCGCGCAUAGUCAGGGAUCAGACCAUGUGCAACCAAUUAAAUCUUGUAAUCUUCUGAAAUGGCAGUGCAAAGGAAGUUCUGCGUCAAUUUUCUAUAGUCCA